GCGAGCAUGCGUGAUAGUUAUUUUAUCAUAAAUGGGAAGAGAAUACGAUGAUCACCAUCUCUUCGACACAUUCAUAUUAGUCCUCGAAAUGGACAAGUCGGAAUCUUCAGGUUAUAAAGAUUUAAUAUGGGCAAUUGGAUUAAACCGUCUGAAUUUAGAAAUAGUUGGUUUAUGGCCGACAACUGACGGAAUCAUUAAAAGAAGAUUCGGUUCUGACAUUCUUGCGAGUUUUGCUUUUAUUAUGAUAGCACUAGUUACUGGUAUUCCUAUGGUACAUGCGCUUAUGCGAGUUUGGGGCCACAUGACACUAAUGAUAGAGAACUUACGACUUACAUUAAUUUUGAUAACAAUUUUAUUUGAACUUGUUAUCAUGCGAUGGAAACGAACAGUUCUGUCAUCUAUCAUAAACAUGAUAGCCGAGGAUUGGUUGACGCUAAAGUUAAGCGCAGAGAGGGAUGUAAUGAUAAAGCGCGCUUGGACCGCUCGACUAAUAAUAAUUUAUAGUUACGUUACAACAGCAUUGGCAUUUAUUUUUUACAUCAUUGUCCCUUAUUUCGACGCACCACUCAGACAGAUAACCAAUCUCACGGAUCGGAAUAAGCCAUUACCUAUGCAAACUUAUUACGUUUACGACACUGAUAAAAGUCUGCAAUUUGAGUUGACGUUUCUUGCUCAAGCCAUAACAGUCUUGGUAGCAUUAUUAAUUUACGUUGGGGUAAAUGCACUUUUGGGGUUGGUGAUUCUUCAUAUGUGUGGUCAGUUAGAAAACUUUAAACAUAACAUAGUCAAUUUGACGUCAGGCAAAGAUUUCAAUAAAGCUCUGAGUAGCUGCGUUGUGACUCAUUUACGUCUGAUAAGGUAG